CAUCUACUCGUGUGACGCAGUCAAUCGCGAGCCAGCGGAGCAGCUGGCACCUCACACGGACAAUGUUACCCUUAUUUCUAACAGUAUAUUUAUUAUUUUCAUGCCUCAAUAGUUUGACAGAGGCGAACUCAACGCAUUUACCGAGGAUGACAUUCACGGAAAAAGAGACUCCAAUGAUCAAGUUGCCUUUGCCUGGGCACAGUGCACCUGUAGGGAUUGUUCUGGAAAGAGAGCCCGGCAUUGUCAUAGCUGCUGGACAAAAACACCUGUAUUCAUUCAACUUUCAAAAUCCUCAAGAGUCUCCUCGGGAAAUAAGCGUGUUGUGGGCACAGUGCAUCGACAAAGGGCCCCCACAAAGAGUGAAAGCGGAUUGCAACUAUGACAUCACUCUGGUCCAUAAGAAGUCAAAGGACAACGAGGUCUUUCUUUGUGGAACUAAUGACAGGGAAACAGUGUGCUGUGACAUGAAUUUAGCAGUGGAGUCACCCAGCUGCAUUACCUUACCUGAAACAGAGGACAUAAAAACAAGCAUAAAUGAAUUUGUCAUAAAGGAAGGUGAACCCUCUGUUCUUGUUGAUAGUGAUCUCUACAUUACAUACUCUGGAUCUCGAGAGUUUGUUGGCAUCCACAAGUUUGGGGAAAACAGACUUGCACCUGCAAGCAGUGAUAAAGAGCAGCACUAUGUGGGUCUGGUGCUCAGCAAACGGAGAGACGAUCCCCGGCAGAGCAAAGUCUAUGCCUUCUAUAAGGAGAAAAACAGAGAGACAGGCUUGGGCAGUGAAAUGUGGCUCCCUUUUGUGACCCAGGUUUGCAUGAAAGAUCGUGGUGGUCGCAAAAACAACCUGCAGUUUAGCUGGACGUCUCAGAUGAAUGCCAGGCUCUACUGUGGAGACCCUGACAGCAGACAGCAUUUCUCUGAGCUGGUGGAUGUGGCUACUGUGCAUGCACACCUUUGGCAGGAUACCAGGAUUUAUGCACUCUUCAGAAAUGAAUGGGGUAUGAGUGCUGUGUGUGUCUACACGAUACAAGACAUUGAAAACAUCUUCAUGACCUCCCCGUUUAAAGGCAAUGAUCACCAAAGAGAAAGGUCUAGAAAGUGUGUUGAAGACAGCACAAACAUUGCUCCAUCCAUCCUGACCAAGAUCAGGGAGAAUUCAGAGAUGGAGAAUCCAGUCCGGCCUAUGAAGAACUCUGGCCCACUUCUCUUUCAUCACCACAACUACACUCACAUCUAUGUUGAUGGUUCCCAGAACAAGGAGAACAAUGACCACACAGUUCUGUUCCUGUCAUUAAAUAACGGAGGGAUUCAUAAGGCGAUACGGAGUGAAAGUCAGACCUUUGUCAUCGCUGAGUACCAACCCUUUGACCACAGAACCCACAUCCUUGGCAUGAUUCUGCAGCCCUCCUCUAGGAAGCUGUAUGUGAACUCACAAAAUGAACUGGUCCAAGUGGAUGUGGCAAACUGUACCCACUAUGGAAACAGCUGUCAGCAAUGUGUCUUGGCCAGAGAUCCCUACUGCGGCUGGAACGGGUUGGGGAGCGACUGCUCCCCACAGACAAAAGGCACAAAGCAGGAUGUGACCCAUGGGAACCAUUCCAUCUGUCCAAAGGUUCAGCUCUCUGGAACAGGUAAAGCGCUUAGAUAUUCUACUGAUCUGCAGGCAGGUGUGGCCAAGGACAGCAUCAUACUUCCCCCUGAGUCCAAGUAUUUCCUCCAGUGCCCGGUGACGUCCCAUCAUGCCCAGUAUACCUGGCAUCACCUCAAGGGCAACACAUCCUGCGACUCCAGGGAGAAGCAGUGCCUUCUUCUGAUCGACAGCAUGGGUCCUGAGCAGGAGGGAACUUACACAUGUGUGUCAGAGGAGAUGGGCUACAGCAGAGUCCUGGCACAGUACCGACUACAGGUGGAGAGCAGGGCGGUGGGCCGUUCAUCAAGCCCACUGCUCUGGCUUUGUCUAAUAACUGUUCUGAUCAAGAGUUUGUCCUGUUAGUCCACAGUAAAAAAAAUGAUGCAUAAAUAACGUCAGUAAAUGACACCUCCUACUUCUGAGUGUCUGUAGUAACACAAUAGGUAGGGUCGCAUCAUUUUAACUAAACGAAAGUCUUUUUGUUAAAACCACAAGUCCCCCUUUUUUCCCUUUUAAUUUACCUAACAAAAUAAUUUUACUUUUGUAUUUUUCUUAUUUAUGCAUCAGUGUUCUUUUCAAGUGCAGUAGACACUGUUACUGAAAACAGAUGUCUUAAGUUUACCAACAAUCUGCUUUACUGAUUAUUGAUAUUACAAUAGCAACAUUUUGAUUGUACAUAAAUAGCAAUAGCCUACAAAUGCAUAUUUUCAGAAGAAUGUGAAGUAGAAAAUUAUGUGCAAAAGUUCAGUGUUCCUCAUUUAACAUAUCAGAAUCCUUUGAUGUUCCACCAAAGGUGUUUGCCGUCACCUGCACAUAAACAGCAGAGUGCACUUUCAACCAGCAGUGUUGAUAAUGAAGACUUUGUUACCAUAAUUUCAGUUAAACUUCAUGAUCAUUGCAAUACCAAUUUCAAUGCAAAACAAAUGUGUGCCUCAGAUAUUAUUACAUUUGCAUACAGUCACAGAGCCAAAGACAAAGCAAUACAUUUUAGCUUGUUUUGGACACUGGACAAAUGUGCAUUAUUUAAGACUUUACACCGUAAUAAUAAUAAUAAAUGUAUCUGUUCAUUCACCUUUUUAAAACUCAUAGAAGGCGAUAUGUCUCUUCUGCAACCAUCUUUGGAUUAAGAAAUACAUGAGCUGCACGCUAGGAAACCGGUUCAAAGUCUACACUGUAUUAAAAGCUGUCAAACAACCCUCUGGGUUUUUAAAGAUUGCAAGGGAUUAUUUUUCAGAAAACCAGAUGCCUAGCUGAAAUGUCAUAGUGCUACAUGAUAUGGGGAGGGCCACAUGCAGGAAGCCUCUUUGGCAGCUUGAAAUAUGUUGAAACCACAAUCAUGCAGGUACAUAAGUCAUGAGCCUUAAAAUAUGAUCGACUGCAUUCGAGUUCUUUUGAAAUACUACCUGUUUGACAUCCGUUUCCUUUUAAUGUGAACUUCUGCCUGAUUACAGAGAACAUUCUGUCUUAGCUGUAAUUUCCAGUCUUGCUAACUACCUCACUUGCUUAACGUGCUUUUGACCAUUUGUGUUUGUCAAUACUUCUCUGCCAGUCAAAUUCAUAUUGUGAAAUAUUGUAGUGUUAGUGAAGCGUGAAUCCGAGUGUUGAAAUAACACAGUUGUGAUCCUUAAGGUCCUUUCAAGCAGUGAGUGGUUGCCUUGGCAGCACGUGAUAUUAUGAUAUUUGUUUUUUAAAUUAACAUCAAAUUUAUUUGACCUUUAUUUUCUAACUUUUUCCUGCUUUCAGUUCCCUUGAAUCCAGGCAGCAAUGGCACUUUAUUUAUUUGUAUAAGUGUUUGAUAGGAGAGUUGUAUGAUCACUGGUGGUAUUUAUCCACGCAGACAGCUUUGAUUUGGUUGAAUAUGUCGUGUCUCAAAUGUUUCUCUUCAACCCAAAACAACAGAGGUGAAUGCUGUAGCAUUUAAUAUUUUCCAGAUGAGUCCUGGUUGACAAGAAUUAAUUGCUGUUUGCAGUCUGUCCAAUUCAAUAAUUACCACAGUGUCCUUGUCCCUGUACGACUGCAGUGAUCCAGGGCAGUUAACAUCAAGAGGUGUGUCUGUCAUUGUUUUAAUGAAUGCAAUGUUUUUUAUGCAAUUAACUUCCAUAUGUCCAUGUUACAUUUACAUAAUGUAUAGUUUAAAUACUUUUGAUCUGUACAUACUUGAGCUCUGCAAUGGAUUUAUUUUUGGAAGAAAAUGUUACUUAAAUACAUGUUUCUGUCAAUGUG